GUUCAAGUUGUCAUUUUAUUUAUUCUGAUUUUUUUACCACACUCUUAUCACCAUAACAUAAACAACAGCUAUAUAUAACUAUAUAACGGUAUGAGUAUAAUAUAUGUGUGAUAGUGUAGUAAUAGUAUGAGCAGCAAGAUCUGGUAACUGAGUGUAGUAACGUGAGGUUUUAUUCCCAAUAAUUACCACAAAUUUAUUUUACCAAUUUCAGAAAAAAUAUUUAAAUUUUUUUGUCUCCAAUACUCACCUCAAUACUAGUUCUCAACACCUUUGAUACCAACUGUUUUAACGAAAUUUAAAUAACCAAAUUUUCAAAAAUAAAUUAAAUUGAAAAAAAUAUAUUUUUGAGAGUUUUGUUAGAAAUGACAAGAUUAAACGGCGUAUGUAAGUGGUUUAAUAACAAAAAGGGUUACGGGUUUAUAACCCUGGAAAAUGGAGAGGAUGUGUUCGUACAUCAAAGCGAAAUUUAUGCCGACGGAUUCAGAUCACUGCGUGAGAACGAAAAGGUCGAACUCGAAGUCAUUAUGGACAACAACCGCAAAAAGGCCAUUCAUGUGACAGGGCCAAACGGCUCUCAUGUCACUGGUACUAACUCUCAUUACGGAAACAACAAUGAUAAAUUUAACGAUAUUUAUAAUCGUUAUUAA